AGGAGGGGCGGCCGCGUUGCGCCGCCAUGUCGGGAGCGGCGGGGCCGGGGCCGGGGCCGGGCCGCACCCCGCUGCCCUGCGCCCCCCGCCCCGCCGCCGCGCUCCAGCUGGGCGGGGGGGCCGAGCCGGCGCGGCCCGGCGUCGCCGUCAUCGAUCUUCGCUUCCCCCGCGGCGCCGCCGCCGAUGUGCAGGAGAUCGUCUUCAGGAACUUCUACACGGCCUUCCUGAGCGUGCGGGUGCAGCGGCCCGGCCCCCCCGGCUCCCGCCGCUGGGUGACCUGCCUGCGGGACCACUGCCUGAUGCCCUGCCCGCACACCGAGCAGGGCUCCCAGGACUACUUCUCCCUCCGCCGCCACCAGAUGCUGUGUGACAUGGACCAGGUGACGGCGGUGCGGUUCAUCCUGCGGCAGCCCUCCCCGGUCUGGCUCCAUUUCACCAUCGAGGAGCUGCAGAUUUUCCCUCCCGGACAGAAGAGCCCCCAGAAGGAUUUCCCCUCCUGGCUCUCCCAGGUGACCCCUCCGGAGCAGCCAGCCAGCCUGCACAGGGAGCUCCCCGACCCGGAGAAGGUGUCAACGGAGGUCCAGCAAAUGUGGGUGCUGACAGAGGUGAUCCGGGCUCGCCAGGCAGCUGCCCGCAUCGGGCGCUUCGACGUGGACGGCUGCUACGAUAUCAACCUGCUUUCCUACACGUGAGCCGGCCAGAAGGAGCCGGCUCCUCCGCGCUCCUGGGGCCCAAGCGGACUCCCGAAUCGGCCUUCAUCCCUGCGGCCCCCGGGGGGGGUCUCCGGGCGCUCCCCGCGCCCCUUCCCCGACUCCUGCCGCGCUGAUUGGCGGGGGGGGGGGGGGGGGGGGGACAGCGCUGCCGCCCUGGAUUCCCCCCCCCGUGAGCCUCUCGCAGGUCGGCGCCUUCCAGUUGCGGUGGCUUCAGCUCUCGCACAUCCCGUGCCGCUGCGGGCAGCGCCCGGCUCCCCAACCCGAACCUCUGCCCUGGGGCGCGGCCCCUGGCCCCCUCUGCAAGACAGUGGGGUCCCGGCGGGAGGGGGUGGCGGGGAGAGCCUUGGUCACGACUAAAAGCUGCUACGUUGGU